AUCGCGGCCUCGUGCAAUCGCUAUCCGCAAUCAGUGCUCACGCUCGACUGGAUUUUUACGACCGUCGCCUGCACGAGUGCCGACCGUCGCUACGUUCACUCACAUCGCAAGACGAGCCCGCACUAUCGACCUAGGCAACAUCGGUUCUCAUGCGUACAUAAACUGCCCCACCGCCAUAUCGCCUCGGACAUCCCCCGCCACCCACGCAGCUUCCACACCCUGCAGUUGCAUUUCCUGCCUCUACACAACCAACACAUAGAAAACGCUUCACCAGCAGCCCGUCAUGGAGGAGGAGCAGGUGCUCAACUUUGUCGCCAUCACCUCAUGUGAUCCCGACAAAGCUGCCCAAUACCUGAGCUUAACAGACAACAACCUCGAACAGGCGAUACAGCUCUACUUCGACAGCCCGAAUCUCGACUUCGGUGGUGCACCCGUCUCACAACCGGCCGCCACAAAUGCCGCCUCAACACAGAAUCCCAUCACGAUCGACUCGGAUGACGAGAUGGACGACUUCGAUGCGGGUCUACAGUCGAACACGCCACCCGGCCCCCAGCCGAAUAUGGAGGAUGAUGAGGCAAUGGCUCGCCGGCUACAGGAGGAGAUGUAUAGCGGCGGCGGAGGUGCCGGCGGACUCGGCCCGGACGAGGUGCGCGCGCCCAUGGAGCGUAGGACGGAGACACUGGUGGGACCUGGCGCUAGUAUGGGGCCAAUGGAACAUGAUGCCGAUCUCGAUGCCCUUGUCCAGGAACAGAUCGCUCGUCGGCGAGCCCCAGCCGGCCGACCGGGCAUCUUCAAUCAGCGAACGACCCAAACUUCUGUGUGGGACAACAGUGGCGAUUCUAGCGCGCGACGCCGCGAGCUAGCCAUCGCAACCGGUGGCGCCUCCGAGCAGUCAUCUAAGAGCAACAUGCUUGCAGAGCUUUUCCGGCCACCCUUCGAGUUGAUGUUCCAGCAGUCGUGGGACAAUGCACGAGACGAGGGCAAGGAGCAAGAAAAGUGGCUUCUGGUCAAUAUCCAGGAUGCGGCCAUCUUCGACUGCCAGCGCCUCAAUCGGGAUAUCUGGAAGAAUGACGAAAUCAAGGCCACGGUGCGAGAAAACUUCAUCUUCAUGCAGUACACCAAGGAUGACCCGCGAGGGCAGCAGUACAUGAACUACUACUUCCAUGCCCGGGACAGCCAGGAUGCAUACCCGCACAUUGCUAUCGUGGAUCCUCGGACUGGCGAGCAGGUCAAGGUCUGGUCUGGUCCGCCGAUCCCGGAUCCGGUGGAAUUCCACGCCCAGCUUCAUGAGUUCCUUGACCGCUACAGCCUCAAUCCUACAGCAAAGAACCCUGUGGCUAACCGAAAGCCGGAGCGCAAGAAGGUGGACGUCAAUCGGAUGACCGAAGAAGAAAUGCUAGAGAUGGCUCUGCAGAAUAGCCUAGAGAACGGCAAAGGUCCGAAGGAUGAGGACCCGGACGAAUUGACGAAAUCCGACUCUAGCGACAAAGGCAAGGCCAAAGCGGAGGAGGAGCCCGCAGAAUCAGCCCCAAAUGGUACCUCCCCAUUCGCUCAGAUCUCGUCGAGCAAUCCGCAUACCGAGCCUACCUCUACAGAUCCCAAGGUCACUACUCGUAUCCAGUUCCGGGGUGGACCCGGACGGCCAAUCGUUCGGCGAUUCAAUCUUUCCGACCCGGUUCGACGUAUCUAUGAAUGGAUCAAAGCCGGGUCACCGUGGGAAGGCAAGGAGGGUGCCGAAUUUGACCUAUCCUUCAUGGGCAAGAACCUGAUGGACUUCCUGGAUUCCACUAUCGAGGAGGCUGGCCUGAAAGGCGCCAGCGUCAUGGUGGAGUUUGUGGAGUAGAGGAGAGCUCUUGAGGAGCGCUCGAACGGCAUAUCGAGGCGUGCGGCGUUUGGACAUCAAGCACGAG